AUGGCGUUACAACACACACCACCAAACAAGUUCUCCGCCUCGGACACCAAUAUACCUACAUCGAUUGAUAACGAACAAUGCGAAGAGGUUGACUGGAUUAGUGCCCGCAGACGUAAACAACCUUCUAAUGUCAACAUAACUCAUCUUGAGGAAAGAUUCAAUGAUCAACUUGCAAUUUGGGACACCAAAAUAACUGAAUGCAUCGGGUCUGCGGUGAGUUCUGCCUUGUCCACCGAGAUGAAUAAAAUCUCAUCUGUACUCGGAGAAUUGAAUAAUAACAUGACUAAACUCAAUGCCGACAAUGUAAACAUAACCAAAUCAAUAAACGAAACUAAUUCUCGGCUAGCUGAUUUGGAGAAAUCUCUGAGUUACUCACAUGAGCGCCAGGACGUAUUUGACGGCCGACUAAAAUCAGUAGAAGACAAAUUAUCCGUCUCUGAGCACCUGGAGACACAGAUGAACGCACUUGAACAGAAGCUCACAGCCAUGGAACAAAAUGCCAGGCAGUGCAAUCUUGAAAUCUGCAACAUACCCGAGCGACGAGGUGAAAACCUCAUUAGCAUCGCAGAAAGUCUAGGCGGUAUCAUUGCGUGCCCUAUAAGGGCCUCGGACAUUGUUUCUAUUCAUCGUGUACCGCACGCCGACUCAAAAAUCAAACGACCGAAGAAUGUGAUUGUCAAACUGACUAACAGAAUGCUACGCGAUAAUGUCAUCUCAGCGUGCCGGUCAACCAAGGGUUUGGACUCAUCGAAGCUGUCUAUAAGCGGGCCUCCGGCUACAAUCUAUGUGAACGAGCAUUUGACAAUCAACAACAAGCUGCUAUUUCGCCAGUGCAGGGAAAAUGCUAGAAAACAAGCAUACAAAUACGUGUGGGUCAAGCACGGUACUAUCCUGAGACCUGGUUGCAUGAGGAUAUUUCCGAUGAGGAAUUUAUGGACAAACGUUAUAGAGUAUUUCGACAUGACAGAGACCGAGCUGGUAGUGGUAGGCGCGACGGCGGCGGUGUGCUGGUGGCGGUGCGCCGCGAGCUCGCCGCGACGCCCUGCGCCCGCGCCGCCGCCGCCGCGUCCGGGGCGCGCUCGCCUCUAG